CCGUGAUUGGCUGAGGUAGCCGCUGUCCCGCCCUCUGUCCCCUCCCGGCGCUGCCGGAGUCGGGUGGGUCGGUGGCUAUAAAGCUGCUGAGGGCGGGAGGCACAGUCUACUGUCCUCUUGCUUUGCUCGUUCUACUUCCAGGGUCCGAUCGCGUUUGGUGGCUGAAGGAGGAACCGGUGACAGACCUGGAGACCACAGUUCUCUGUCCUUCACACAGCUCUUUCACCAUGCCUGGGUCACUUCCUUUGAAUGCAGAGGCUUGCUGGCCAAAAGAUGUGGGAAUCGUUGCCCUUGAAAUCUACUUUCCUUCUCAAUAUGUUGAUCAAGCUGAGUUGGAAAAAUACGAUGGUGUAGAUGCUGGAAAGUAUACCAUCGGCCUGGGCCAGGCCAGGAUGGGCUUCUGCACGGAUCGCGAAGACAUCAACUCUCUUUGCCUGACUGUGGUUCAGAAACUGAUGGAGAGACAUAGCCUUUCCUAUGAUUGCAUUGGGCGGCUAGAAGUUGGAACAGAGACAAUCAUCGACAAAUCAAAAUCAGUGAAGUCUAAUUUGAUGCAGCUGUUUGAGGAGUCUGGGAAUACAGAUAUAGAAGGAAUAGAUACAACCAAUGCAUGCUAUGGGGGCACAGCUGCAGUCUUCAAUGCCGUGAACUGGAUCGAAUCCAGCUCUUGGGAUGGACGGUAUGCUCUGGUAGUUGCGGGAGACAUUGCUAUAUAUGCCACAGGAAAUGCCAGACCUACGGGUGGAGUUGGAGCUGUGGCCCUACUAAUUGGGCCAAACGCUCCUCUAAUUUUUGACCGAGGGCUCCGUGGAACACACAUGCAGCAUGCCUAUGACUUUUACAAGCCUGAUAUGCUCUCCGAGUACCCUGUGGUCGAUGGAAAGCUCUCCAUACAGUGCUACCUCAGCGCCCUGGACCGCUGCUAUUCUGUUUACCGCAAAAAGAUCCGCGCCCAGUGGCAGAAAGAGGGAAAGGAUAAAGAUUUUACCCUGAAUGAUUUUGGCUUCGUGAUCUUUCACUCACCAUAUUGUAAACUGGUGCAGAAAUCUCUAGCUCGGAUGUUCCUGAAUGACUUUCUUAAUGAUCAAAACAGAGAUAAAAACAGUAUUUACAGUGGACUGGAAGCCUUUGGGGACGUUAAAUUAGAAGAUACUUACUUUGACAGAGAUGUAGAAAAGGCAUUUAUGAAGGCUAGUUCUGAGCUAUUCAACCAGAAAACAAAGGCGUCUUUGCUUGUGUCUAACCAGAAUGGAAAUAUGUACACAUCCUCUGUCUAUGGUUCCCUGGCUUCUGUCCUGGCACAGUACUCACCUCAGCAGUUGGCAGGGAAGAGGAUUGGAGUGUUCUCUUACGGUUCUGGCUUGGCUGCCACGCUGUACUCCCUUAAAGUCACACAAGAUGCCACACCAGGAUCUGCCCUUGAUAAAAUAACAGCAAGUUUAUGUGACCUUAAAUCAAGACUUGACUCAAGAACUUGUGUGGCACCAGAUGUCUUUGCUGAAAACAUGAAGCUCAGAGAGGACACACAUCACUUAGCCAACUAUAUUCCCCAGUGUUCAAUAGACUCACUCUUUGAAGGAACGUGGUAUCUGGUCAGAGUGGAUGAAAAGCACAGAAGGACUUAUGCCCGGCGCCCCUUCACAAAUGACCACAGUUUGGAUGAAGGAGUGGGGCUCGUGCAUAGUAACACAGCAACAGAGCAUAUUCCAAGCCCUGCUAAGAAAGUGCCAAGACUCCCUGCAACCUCGGCCGAAUCUGAAUCAGCUGUCAUCAGUAAUGGGGAGCACUGAGAGUCUGUGGCCUUCACAGAGGCUCGGGGCCAGGAUGGGGUAUGGAAACGGUUGGAGGAAUGGAUGUCUUGGGACAAUUUUGCAGAUUAUGUGUUGCUUAAAAUGUAAUGUAACUGACCCAGAGCCCAGAAAGCUAUUGUGUUUUUGGAAAAGUCUCUGCUGAACUGAACUUGCUAACAUGCUUUCUGUUGUGGUCUGGCCAGUGGUAAAUGUACUGCAGUGAUGUUAAAGGGCUCUGGAGAACUCUAUACCUCUCUGGAUGUUUAUACGCAUGCAGUUUAGUUUUCAGAUGCGGUAUGAACUGAGUGCUUCUGACAGCAAAAGGCAGAGGUACUAGUGUCCAAUUUAAAAAAAUUUUUUUUUCUUUUUUUAUGUGUAAGAAUUUUAUACUUAAAGUAUCUGUAGCUUUUUGGGGGAAAAAAAACUUUUCUAGGUUGGGGAUUGUGGAAUUUAAAUGUUACACACAAGACCCUGUUUGAAAAUGGCAAGGCAAACAUUUAUCUUUUUCAAAGAUUUGUAAAUCCUGAAGAGAAAAAAAGAGGGUAUGGUUCUAAGAUCUGGAUGAACCAUCAGUGAGAGGAAGGUUAGCCGUAAUCACUGAGCAGAAAGAUGCUGGCACUGAGCAGGCCCCCAUCAUGUUGGGCAGGGUACACCUGGGUGCUGUGGACACAGCUGCGGGAACUUUUUGGCCAGGUCUCCGUAGCAGUGCUCAGCAGCACUGAGAGAUGGCGCUGGAACUUGCUGCCCUCCUGAGCACCCUACCUGGGAGAUAAAGUAUAAAGUAGGAAGGAUGGGGCAGGGCAUUAUUAGGUUACAGUGUUACAGAUCCAGUUUAUAGACUGACAGCUUAAAUUCACGGGACACCUUUUUUUCCUUUGUGGUUUGUGUAUUUCUGUGUUUUGUUUGUUUUUGUAUACGUUCGAAAAUUUAACCCACAUUUUCACAUAGUGAAAAUUUCACAUGGUCUGAUUAGCCAAAAAAAGAAUAAGAUCUAGAAGUAGAACUUAAACCAUUUUUUUCUUAACUUUAAUUUCUAAAACAACAAAAACUACCACAUGAGCUGAAUAAGAAAAUUCACUAGCAAGUUCUCCGGAUGAUUUUUGGUGCUGAACAAUGACAUGAGCCGCAUAGACUGUAAAAUAGAGGUAGUUGGAACUAAUGUACAGAACUAAAUUUUUUUUAACCUUAUUCGCGUUUAAUUCUGUGAAGUUUCAGUUAUCUAAACACAUAAAUGUGUAAUGUUUCAGAUUGCAAGGUGAUAUGUAAUGUAGCAUUUGUAAGAUACUCUUGUCAAUAUUAACUAGUAGGAUUUUGAUUUGUACAGUUUUAAUUGGUUAAAAUGAUCUCAUUUUAACAUCCACUGCAAUAGAUGAAUAAUGUAAGUUCAGAUUUAAUGAAUGGUGGGGAGGUGGUGCAUGUAAUUUUUUUGCAAGUAUUGAGAGUUCUGUAUGUUUUGAAAAGAGUAAUUUUAACGUUUGGGUGCCAAGAAGUGGGUUUUCUCAGAGUCCAUUGCCGGCAAUGGGCAAGCCUGGCGGUACUGGCACGGAGCGUUAACCACACCUUACUAAUAGCAAGGCCAAUAACUUUGAAAUAAAGUUUUAGACAAAUA